GUUACCAUUAACACGGAAAGCACAUAAGAAGCAAAAGAAUGAAGCGUCGAAGUAGAGGAGAGCAGAUGCUGGCAGCGGCCGGCUUGGCCCCGCCAUCAAGCAUCCUCAAGCAUGUGCAGAAACAAGUUGACGUAGCCGAUAUAGACGUCAAAUCGCCUCCAGCGAAGCGGGCUCGGGCAGCUCCCAAGAGUGGCUCUCCCGCGAGAAGCAGUCAGCGCAUGGCAGAGGAGCAGGGCAGCGCGCCGGUACCGGAAACCGCACCCAAGCUGCCUUCAGAGCUUGAAUUACUAUUGCAAAUGUUUGAUGCUGUGCGCACCGGCCGAAUGAUGCUGAAACGCCGCAGCGAAAAGGUUACAUAUAACAGCGUUCGCCAUGUAGUGGAGAACAUGACCAAGCGCGAGUUUCGGGUGGAGCACCUCGCCCAGAUCAAGUACCUGUGGCCCGAGUCCUUUGAUUGGCAGUACAUUCGGGUCCCCUCCGCGGUUAACCCGAAGCAACUGGAGACCCAGCUGCUGCUGACCUUUGACCGACCCAUGUCCUCGGGCGCGGAGGGCGGAGGCGCGGGGAGCGUGGGCAGGUACAACUCUACCGCUGAGGUGGCGGAGUUCCGAGCCCAACUGGAGCGCUUCGUCCGGGAGAACCCUGUGGACGCGGAGACCGGCAAGCUGCCCCCCGUCCCUCAGGCGCCGCUGCCCCCGCGGCCUGCAGCCCCGGGCACGACGCCCUCUCGCAGCGCCUCCAUGCAACUCGGUGGCCUGGCGAGCCCGGCGCCCAGCGGAGGGGUCAGCGCGGGAGGCAUUAGCGGCCCCCAGGACGCACAGGCCCUGGCCCCGCUUGCCGCGCUGGCCUCUCCGGGAGGCAGCAGCCUCUCCGGCGCCUCUCCCGCCAUGACUCGCUCUAGGUCACGCCUGGGGAUCCCCACCAUGGGUCCCGCAACGGCUCUGACGCCCAUACCCGAGGGCACGCCCACGCGCCACACACCCACCUCGCGGCAGCCGCGGCGGCGAAAGCUGCUGGAGGAUGGCGGGGAGCAGGACGGCGAGGACGUUGUGCUGGAGGCGGGAGGGGAGGGCGACGAGGGCAUGGCGGCUGAGGAGCCGGCGCUAGAGCUGACGCAGCAAGAUGCCGGCGAGACAGCGACGCAGGGUGCUGGUGCCGCAGCCACGCCCCAGUCCAAGGGACCCCGGCCGUCGGUGCCGCAGACGACGCCGACGAGUCAGCAGCGGCCGGGAGACAAUGACCCUCGGCUGGCGCGUCUGCACAGCCUGCUCUCGCCGGCAGCGCUGCAGAAAAUCAUGCAGACGGAGGCUGCUCAAGCGGCCCAAACCCCCGAGGCCAAGCGGAGGGCCGAGAUGCGGCGCGCGGUGCAGUUGCUGCCGCACGGUCACGAGCUGGUCCGGGUCAUCUUUGGCCUGCAGGGGCCCACCGUCAAACCGCUCACACAGGUAGCCCAGGCCAUGUGCGAGCGCUCCACGCAGCGGCAGGGCCUCACCGCCCGCGAUGCCAGCAACACCCUGGUGGCCCUCGCCCGCGCGGUACCCGAGUUCCUACGCAUCGAGGAACCCCGCAUGAUGGCAGACGGAUCGGCGCGCCCCCGCAGCGUCGUCAUCAGCCGUGUGCCCAACAUCAACGCCAUCGCCGCCAAGCUCAAGGCCCUCGCAGCCGACCCAGAUGCCGCUGUGCAGUCCAUAUUUGAGCGCGGAGCAGGGGCGCCACCUGCGGCGGCGACAGCACCGUCGCCUAGCACCAGCGCUGGCAUGCAGUCACGAGCUCCGCCCGGCUCCCCAACAGCGCAGCUGAAGCCGCGUGCCUUGGCUUCGGCGCUUGAGGAGGGUGCAGGGGCUGCUGACGUGGCGGCUGUAGGGCAUGUGGGUGAGGGGCCAUCUGUGUCUGAGAUGCCCCCGCCGCCGCCGUCCGCACGCAAGCGGCCACCGGGUCUACCGCUGCCGCCGCCGUCACCAGCCAUGCAUCGCGGGCCGCCGCCUUCGCCGGCUAUGAGCCGUGGCGGCCAGACUCCUACCAGGAGUCAGGGCCUGCGUGGCGGUGGGCUGUUUGGUAGCAGUGGCGCUGCGGCCGCUGCGGGGCCACCCCUGGCCCCACAUGGGACGCCAACACGGCCCAUGCCGCCUGUGCCUGCGGGCGGAGCGGAGCUGCUGCAGAAGUUGUGCAAGACAAGCGUGCUGCCUGCCGGAAAGGCGGCUGGCGCCAUCAGUGGGGAAAGCGGGGUUGAGGGCAGUGGAACGAGAGAGGAAGCCAAGGGACAAGAGACAGGGGCCGAGGGAUUGGCAGUAGCUGGGGCUGGCGCGACGCCUGGGCGUGGUGGUCUUGGGGGCCGGACGCCAGGUCGCACGGCUGUACAGGAGGCCAUGUUGAAUAGCAUUCGCAGGAGUAGUGCAAAGAGAAGUUGCCGGCGAAUGCUGGACGCAGACGCAGGAGGGGAGAGCGAAGAAGAGAAUGCGGCGGAAGCGGAGCCAAAGCCACGGCGGCUAGAAGAGCUCCUAGGGGACUAGAUAGUUUGCAUUCGUUGAUGUUGAAAACGUUGUAUUGAAGUUGGCAAUUGUUAAGUUGGCCUGACGGUGGCCAUCCCAUAGGGGAUUUUGAGUCUAACGACUGACCCAAAUUCGGAACUGCCGAGUUGCCUGUAACAGAAGCGUCUGGG